UCGUACGGUCCACCAUCUGCAACAAUCAAUUCAUAAGACACUGAACCUGUCAUCUACUCACUUGACACGGAACUUGUCAUUCACUCACGUGAGACUCGGUGUCUUUGAUUCAAAGGCGUGGACACGCCCACAAUGUCCACGCGCACAGAUUUGAAAACCGAACUGGAUCAGCCCCAUGUUGUAGAGCGGAAGUUCCCAUAGUGCUCACUCACGAUCUCGUCUGCAAGGUGCCAGCGAUCAGCUUCUGUUUUGUUUGACGUUCACGGAGAUUAAAGCCACUACAUAGAAAAGAUUUUGAAUUUAAACUCAAAGACAUCAUGGAAAUAUUUAUUAGUUUGAACUCAUCGUCUGAGACUGACAAUGGUCGACUCCUGGAAGAAACUAGUAUGAAGUCAAGUAACUUCAAUAUGGCAGCUUGGUACAAGGAAUCCUGUGGUUCUUUCGGGAGACCCACGGGGCAGGUAGAGACGAUUCUUCUUCCAAUCAUCUGUGCAUGUGGCAUCCUGGGCAUCGUGCCCACCAUGAUUGUCCUGAGCAGGAAGACCAUGUGUACGUCCACCAAUUGCUACCUGUGUGCCCUGGCCGUGGCGGACCUGCUGUUUCUCCUCUUGCUGUCCAGUAAGAUUGUGGUGGACCAGCUGGCCGACUGCCGUUUUUACAUGGAGGGGAGUGAUCUUGUGUUCACGGUCUAUUCAGUUAUCUUUAUGGAUACUUUCACAUAUCUAGCUGUUGGAGUGACAGUCAUGUUGGCUGUAGAGAGGUACAUAGCCAUCUGUCGUCCCAUGAAAGCUAUGAUGCUUUGCACUGUCAAGCGAGCUCGGAUUAUAAUAGUCGCCCUUACUGUCCUGUGCUUUGUGUUAAGCUCACCUCGGUUCUUGGACAUUGAUGUGUCCUACCUGACCACCGACAGCGGGGAGCAGAAGGCAGUGGUCACCUGGAGUUACUUGUACGACAGCAAAGUUUACAAUUACAUUGUGACAGGUUUACUGUUGACCAUACUUCCACUGGUCAUCCUGAUGAUCCUUAACCUGAGACUAAUCGUGGAAAUACGUCGUUCGUCCAAGUAUCUCCAGUAUCACCUGGGGGCGGAUACCCACGUCCGGUCCAUCGUCAACAAGGAGGAGCUGAAGAUCACCAUGAUGCUGGUCAGUGUCAUUAUUGCCUUCUUCGUCGGACACGCCCCUUACAUGGUGUGCAGUUUCAUCUACUCCAUCAUCGACUUUGACCUAGAAAACAACCUGAUUGACGAGGACUCGCUGAAGAAUCUCAUUACCAUUACCCGCACUCUCAUGGCUUUGAAGGUGUCGUGCAACUUCAUCCUGUACUGCUGGUUCUCCGAGAAGUUUUGGACCACCUUCAAGAGGACCUUCUGCCUGCACCACUGCAUCCCCAAGCAGAUGUCCCGCAUGCCUAACGGUUACAACAACAAUAGCCAUCGCCACGUCCACAGAACGUCCUGCUAUAUGACCAAGUUGACCACUUGCUAGAGAUCGCAGCUCAGUUCAAAGAAGCAGACGGCUUUGAGACAGUUAACUUCGCUAUUGGCUAUCCUUAAAGUGUCGCCACCGUAAUCAAUUGGUUUAUCAAGAAAUGGAUUGAUUUAUCAAUUAAUGAAUUGGUUUAUCAAGUAAUGAAUUGGUUUAUCAAGAAAUCGAUUGGUUUAUAAAGAAAUAGACUGAUUGAUCCAGAAAUGGAUUGAUUAUUCAGGAAAUUGAUUGAUUUAUCAAGAAAUUGACUGAUUUAUCAAGAAAGGGAUUGGUUUAUCAAGAAAUGUACUGAUUUUUUAAGAAAUUGAUUAGCUGAUCGAGAAAUGGAGCAAUAGUGCUAUAAUGGGCAAAGUAAAAUGUAAGAUUUUUCACGAUACCUUGUAAAGUUAUUUUGAAAGUAUUAUUACAUGUUCUAUGUUUUAGUGUUUUAGGAAAUGUGUUCACAUGAAGACGUUAACUGUGUUCGUUAAUCUUUAACUGUGUUCGUUAAUCUUUAACUGUGUUCGUUAAUCGUGAACUGUGUUCGUUCAUCGUGAACACGUCUUUAGCUAGCAUUUAAUUGUAUUCACAUUAAUGGAACAUGGUUUAUAUUAAAAUGUAAAAUCAUUUGUAACAUUGGUAUUGUUUGAACAUUGUUUUCUACUAUAAGGAAGAUUAUUGUGAUUGCAGAUAUUAACAAAGUUUAUUUCUUGAAGAGAUACAUCCAUUGUUACUUGCUCUAGAACAGGGGUUCUCAACCUGUGGUUCGCGAUUUGCCAGGUGGUCGCCUAAGACCAUCGAAAAUAUGGAUUGUUAUUGUCUAUUCUUCUAUUGCUGUCUGGGUGUGUGUGUGUGUGGGGGGCGACAGAGUGGGGGAUUCUAAAAUGGGGUCGCCGAGCUUAAAAGAUUGAGAACCGCUGCUCUAGAAUGUACGUUCACUCUUUGACUUUCACUGUGUUCCGUGUGAAAAGUUCCUCCAAGUAUUGGAUAAGCAGCUUUGCACUUUGUUGAUAGUAGACUUUACUUGUAGGACAUUUUAUUGAUAGAUUUUUUAGGCAUAGAUUUCAUUUGUAUUGAAUCUCCAAACCAAUGUUUCUGUUUGGAAGUAUAAGUAUCCUCUAGUUUUUAAUCCUUAUCAUUGAAACGCAAUUUUUUUUCUAAACUGGUUUGUAUUUCUAAGAAAUUAAUUGUUUCAUACGUUGCGAAUUUGAAUGUAGGCCCGCAUAUGUACCACCCUUGUAAUAGGGAAAAAAGCCCCCCAAAUUAUUUAUUUCUACUUAUCGCGAAAUAGGUCCUAAACAAGUUGCAUAAAUCUGCUUUAUAUUCAAAUUAUGCAGUUAACGAAACAAGUUGUCUCCAUUAUUAAAAUAAAGAGAAAACAAGAAAGACAUUUUAAAAUAUACUUAAAAAAACCAAGCUUGCAUUAACCAUGUUGCAUCAAUUAGUUUGGAUCAGACAUCUAAUUUGUCAUAGAUCUAGACUAACAAUAAUACAUCUGUGCCAUUAGACAUUUUUUAAUAAUUGUUUUUGUUUAGCGCAAUUUCAUAUUUUUAGCUUUCUCAAUGUGUUAUGAUCAUAUCACUUGUCUGGACCAAAGGGGGGUGGGAAAGAAGGGGUAUCAGGGUGAAUGCAUUUAUAAAACAAAAAAAAAACAAACAAAAAAAAAACGACCUGAAUUGAAACUCGAAGGCUAAAGCCUCCUCAGCUAGCGAAUCACUUAUGAAAAUAGGUUUUAUAGUUAUCUAUUGAUAGCUUCAUACUUUAAAGCCUCGACCUAUAGCGUAUUAAUGGGGCUAAUUCAACUUAUAUUACGACAUCAGUCAAGUACUAUUUCUUUCCCCUUGUUCGAGAUACCAAACAAAAUAAUUAAUUACCAAUAGUUAAUGAACUAAUUGGUUAAUUUUUAAAAUAGAUUCUUCUUUUGUCAGUUAAUAGAAAUAAUAAUGCAAAAUUUGAACUUGAUCCGAGAUUGGGUGUGGGAGAAAUAACGUGCACAAACUUUUUAUCACUCAGACAGACUGACAGACAGACAGACUGACAGACAGACAGAUAUAGUUGAUAUAAGCUUUGUAAAAAAUGGCCAGUAUUUGGGGAUGAACUAACCACAUUAACACGCCACUCUAACAACUUAGCAAGCCACUCUGUGACCGUGGUUUGAAUAUAAAGAAUUAACGCUUGCUGACUGAUCAAUAUCCUGGUCUGAGACUUUGAAAUCAUAGCUCAAUGUUUUUUAUGUUCAAUUGUUGAUUAUCAAUAUGUGCCAGCUUCAAGAUUUGUGUUUUCGCAAAUUUUUGUUGCAAUAUUUUUGAUGUUGUAAAUAGUAUUUUCUGUUGUUGAUCUAUUUUAUUGUAACCUAGGCCUAUAUAAUUUCUAUUAUACACGCACUGCGGACUUUAAUUUUUUUACAAAUGUAUACAUAUUGUCAUUAUUUGAUUCACAUUAAAGUUAUGAUAUUCUUAUGUUACUGUGAAGGAUUCUCAAGCUAUUAUUGUAUGCGACUCAAUGAUCAAUGUAAGUAACUUAUCAGUUGUAUACUGUGUUACUAUGUAUGUUUUAUUAUACUCAUUAAUGUUAUAGAUUUUGCUGUUAUUAUCAAUAUUUACUGUCUACAAAUCGUAUAAGGACUCAAAUAGGAAUUUUUUGGUUCUUUUUUCUGUAAAAAAGCUUACAGGCUUUUUUUUUGUUUUUUAAAUGUUUUUUUCAGAAUUGAAGAUGAUUAAAUUCUAGAGCCGGACUGAUGGAGAUUCUGUCGGACAGGGACCGUCGAAUCGACAAUGUAGAGCGCUUACUAGGUAGCUUACAAAUGAUGUUACCUACACAUUGGUUUCUCUAUAGUGUACACAUUUAAUGCAGUCAAGAUGACUUCUAUGUAAGCCUUGGUAGAUAAUACUGAACUCAAAUAUAUUUACAUGUGUAUAUCAGUUUAAUUGGUCUUAAAACAUUUGAGAGUUAAGAAAAUAAUGUAAAUAUUUUUUGGACGUCUAGUCCACGGAGAAAUUCUUGUUAUUGAAUGUAUACCGUACUGUAUCUAGAUUUUAAAAUAGUAUAUUAUUAUAAUUAUGAUAAUAAUUAAUAUUAUUUAUUUUUUAUUAUUAUUAUAUACAUUUUACUUUAAUUUUUAGAAGCUCUACUUAUCCGAUCUCAUUUUUUUCUCUUGAAUUACUUCAAAUAUUAAUACAAAAUUAUUGAAUUAUACUUCUGAGAUCUCACUCUUUUCUAAGAGUUAAAUUUGAAAGCAAUAAUCAAUGCCAGUAGCCUAAGAGGCACAACAAAGUUUGUAUGUUCAGAUAUGUUGGGUAGAGACUUGUGGUCGUUACUUUCUUUUAUGGUAUGAAUUGCAUUGACUAUAAAACAUAUUAUAGAUAUCAGAGAACGUCGCUAAGGUCGGAGACACAUUCGACUACACAACCCAACCCCAAAAUCCCCCCAUAAGAAAACAACUUUUCCCUUUUAAAAACAACCAUCAUUAUAUAAAGUACAAACUUGUAGUCGUGUAUCAAGCUAAUAUUAAUUCUUUAAACAAAAUUGUUUUGAAAUAUUUCCCUCUUUUUGUUUUCAAUCAUGAUGGAUGUCGAUCGAUGCGGUCCGCACCCCUCAAUCGCCCACUUGUGACGCCACUGCUACUAAAAUUCUUCUUUAAAUCAAAUUAAUUAUAUAUAUAUUUGAAAUAUAAGUCAAUGAAAACACUUCCCCUAUCAUGCUAAUUAUUUGUUGUACAGUAACACUAUAAAAGAAUACAUUGAAUUUACAUAUAAACAUUUUAUUGAAAGGAUAACCAUUGUAACAUAUUCAACUUAUCCUCAAAUAAUGUAUCAUCAUAUAUCAUUUUGAUAUAUUGUAGUAUAGACAUUAUAAUUUACCAUAAAAUAAAUGUUUUAAUAUUUCA